UCAUUAGCGUGUGUUUGUUCGUAGAGGGGAUAACGAUCAUUACAUGACACUAAAAUAGUACUUUGAAAUUCAGUGAGUUCCAUCCAUCCACAUCCUCAUUUUCACUCGUAGUUGCGAACGGCGGCCGCUGGCAGCAAGUGGUUUUGAAAAAUCAAUAUUUUGAUGGUUUGCUAACAUUCUUCCCGAACCGAUCGCCAUAGCUCUUAACAAUGAAUAAAACGACCGAAUUGAAGAGGAGAAAGGAUCAUCAAUGUAAUUUUUGAAGUGUCAGGGACCAAAAUGAAAGGCCCAUUCACAAGAAAAAGUCGAGACCCAUUGAUAAAGCGCCCAUGAUCAUUCAUCAAUCGCUCCUGUGUUUAAUUAUCAGUGGUUCUAUCCUUACGUUAUUUGUAGUUUUAUACACCGAUAGUAUACCAUGGCAUAUAGGUCAUAAGGCUGCGGAUAACGUAGCGAAACUGUUUGGAGUUCAUGAGCCUCAGCAUGCGGUCGUCAUCGAUGCUGGAAGCACGGGUUCGAGGGUGCUGGCAUUUACAUUCCACAGAGCUGUCCUGAACAGAGACAUUCUCAUCCUGGACAAGGAAUUAUUCGUACAAACAAAGCCUGGUCUCUCUGCGUUCGCCGAUGAUCCCGCAUCGGCUGUUAAAAGUAUAAGUUAUUUGAUAGGCAAAGCGAAAGAGGAAAUUCCACAGGAAUAUUGGAACAGGACGCCGUUGGUUCUGAAGGCAACAGCCGGCUUAAGACUUUUGCCUGCAAAGAAGGCAGAGAAUUUAUUGAAUGCCGUCAAAGCGUAUUUCAACGAAUUACCAUUUUUGACCAACGAAGAUUCGGUGGCUAUUAUGGAUGGCACGGACGAAGGCAUUUUCUCUUGGUUCACGGUCAACUUCUUAAUCCAUAAAUUGAAUAAUCCUGCGACCACAGUGGCGGCUUUAGAUUUGGGUGGUGGAUCCACGCAAGUAACGUUUUCUGCAUUGACCCCGGAGUCUUUACGCCACAAAGAAUUCAUUCAUGACGCCCUUUUGCCCAAGGGAACUACACAAGUCUAUACCAAUAGUUACUUGGGUUUGGGCUUGAUGGCUGCUCGUAAAGAAAUAAUAACUGUAAAUAGCGUGAGUAAAGAAGAAACUAGAGUGAUGAGUCCAUGCGUGAAUCCAGUCAUCAAAAACCGAAAGUUCCACUAUGGAGGUGUGGAUUAUUUUGUGAGUGGUUUGCAAGAAAACUAUCCCACAAAAUCGUAUCCCGAAACACCAAUAGAAGUUGGCCAGAAUAUACCGAUUGUGGACUAUAACACAUGCUCAGAGGUCAUCAAGAAAUACGUUUUAUCUAAAGUAAAACCGCCGGCGGAAUUGUCCACGAAGAAAGUAUUUGCUUUCAGUUACUAUUUUGAUCGUGCUGCCGAAGUUGGAUUAAUCGACGAAUAUUCCGGUGGAUCCGUAACUAUUGAAAUGUUCAAAAAAGCCGCCGAAGAAGCGUGCACAACUCCAAACUCCGAGCAACCAUUCAUGUGUUUGGAUCUUACAUUCAUAUCAGUUUUAUUAGAGAACGGUUUCGAUUUAGAUAGCGAAACCGAAAUAUUCCUGUACAAGAAAAUCAAUGGUCACGAAAUAAGUUGGGCCUUGGGAGCAGCUUUCAAUCUGUUGAACGGGAAAUAAUUUGGCCAUCGAUAAUUAUAUUAUUAUAUAAUAAUAUCGAAAGCAUAUUAUUAUAGAAUAGAUAUAAAAAAAAAUGACCACAGUGCCUUAUGUGGGUUAAUUUUAAUUUCUUGGUUUAGUUUCCUACAUUGUUUUCAGUUCGGCUGUGUAUAAGAAUAAUACAAUUAUUACGACUCUUGUUUAUUUAUAUACAUAAGUGGCAACAAGAAAAUCACAUCGAUGCCGAUAUAAAAAGCACUUUGUUAUUUAUUUUAUAACUUUCAGUAAAAUACAAAUUUAAAUUAAAA